AUGAUCGCUGGACGUUUACGUGGCAGUUUACGUAACGGCGCAUUGCAGCAGAGUGGUCACAAUGCAAUUUAUUUGAUGAACAGACAAAAAUAUCGAGAUAUUGGUAUUAAUAGAAACGAAAAUAGAAUUUUAUCACGCGAAUUAAAUCGUGUAAGCGUUGAUCGGAAAAAUAAAUUUGGUUGGAAUAAUGUGAAAAAGAUCUCAGACGAUUCUAAAAUGGAUGCGCAAACGGCACUGGUUGAAAAUGAAAAUACUUUCGAUUUUCAUUUACUUCUUAAUAUUGGUGGUUCACAUUUUCGCAUUCGUUACUCAACUAUACAGUAUCGAUGUCCAACAUCGUUAUUAGCUGAAUUUUGCCGUGAAACACAUGCAGCAAGAGUGGAAAGUUGUAACGGUUAUUUAUCUGAUACACGAGAGUAUUUUUUCGAACGUUCUGGAAAAUUAUUUGAACCAAUUUAUGAUUUUUUAACAACCGGACAUUUUCAUCGAACAAGUGAUAUUUGUUGCGAAAGACUCUUCAAAGAACUGGAUUUCUGGAAAAUUAAAAAGGAUUUUUUUGCGCCAUGCUGCAUGAUGAUGAUCAGUGAAUAUGAAAAUGAUGAAUUAGCGAACGGAGACAAAGAUUCUCUUGCUUAUGGUUCGUUUAUUAAAGGUGAUGAAUUUGAUGGAGUUUGCUGGGAUGAUCAAAGGCGUAAAUUGUGGCUUUUAAUGGAAAAUCCCGGUACAGGCACCGCGGCUAAGAUUUUUGCGCUUGUAAGCAUAAUUAUGGUUGUGGUAUCGGUGACUGGUAUGAUCCUCGGUUCAACACCAGAAUGGCAAACUUUCAAUUACAAUAUGAGUGCAACAAGUGCAAAACUUGAUUUUCGACUUCAUUCCACUUUGGAAUCUAUUGAAUUGGUGCGUCAUGAUUGUAAUAUUUAG